AUGAAGCUCAUUCUUCUUGUUGCAGUGCUAUGUAGCGUAGCGCUUUCCAUGCCUCGUAACGUGAAACCUGAUGGAAUUGACGAAUGUGGCGCAAAGGACGUGAAACUGUUCAAAUUUAUUAAGACUGGAGACGACAAAAUGGAUAUUGCUUGUGAACUGUGCCUCGAUAUGGUGCUUAUCGCUGAGUCAUACGCUGAAUGUGGGGAGGCCGAAGUUGAAGCUGCGUUGGAAAAGAAGUGCGACAAAGACUUUAGCUCAGCUGCCACGGACAGGCUGUGCCGCAGCAUGAUUGAGAAAAUAGCGCAUGUGAGU